AUGUCAGUGAUAGUUUCGCUGCACCCCAAAUUUGGCAACAACGCUCAUGCUGUCUUCACUGUGAAAGACGAUGUCGAUGGAGAACUCGAUGGUGGUGCAGCCGUGUUUGAUGAGAAUGUUCUCUCAUUUGCAAAUAUGCGAUUUCACGUUGCGUCAGAGAAUGAAUCACAAGUUUCGCCACCCUUUAAACGCGAAUACAUCGACAGAACUUUUGAGACUCAGCGUAUUCUUAUUUGGCCUCCGGCUGAUAGUCCCAAUACCAAGAUCCCAUCGGUGUUCUACUUCUGUGAGCUUGUUGGCAAUCCUUCGUAUCAGACGAAAUUCUUCGAUCUCUACAACCGGCUGUUCACCGGCAAUGUGCUGCACUCGAUGCAAAGCCAUCCUGAAUCGAGACAAACAUCGAGUCUCUGUCCGUGUCGAGCACGACUUCUGUCUCCGACCUAG